ACUGGUGUUAUUUCAGUGCAUAUGUACUGAAGUCCUGCUUCCUCGGAGUCGUCACCCUUCAGUCGGAUACUCUGCAGGGACGAAGGCUGGACAUCAAACUACGAGUUCAGUCUGAAGACCUGUCAGCCGUAGACUCACGAAUCUAUUUCAGAAAUGUACCGACCCACUUUCGUGGUGCUUGCAGCGCUGCUCUGCUCUGCAGCUUUGGUGAAUGGAGGGAAGGUCUUGGUGUUCCCUGUGGAUGGAAGUCACUGGAUCAACAUGAAUGUCCUCGUCGAGGAGCUUAACUCCAGAGGUCAUGAAGUCACUGUGAUACGUCCACCAGAUGCCUGGUUCAUCAGGCAGGAUUCUCCUCACUACAAGUCCAUCACACUGAAUGUUGCGUCUGGUCUUGAUAAGGACAACUUGGACGAAUAUGUAACGAGAACACUGGCGCUGCGACGGCGAGGGGCAUCAUUUUGGACUCGUAUGGCUCUGGACAUUGAAAUGGUGAAUGAGUUGCACGCACUGCACAGGCUGCUGCUUGUAAUGACGGAGGAAGUGUUUGCAGACGACAAACUGAUGCAGAGCCUCCGUGAUGCCAAGUACGAUUUGGUCCUGACGGACCCUACAUACGGUGGAGGAGUUUUUCUGGCUCACCGUUUGGGUCUUCCACUCGUCCUUAAUGUAAGAUGGACUGUUCAGGGUGAAGGGCAUCAAGCAAUCGCACCUACUCCACUAUCCUAUGUCCCAAUGCCCUGGUCAGAAUUGACUGACAAAAUGACUUUCACCGAGCGGGUCCAGAACAUGUUGAUCUACUUCCUCACAAGUUUUCAAUUUUGGUAUGUCACAGACCCAAACUACACCCCGUUUGUCCAUCGCCACUUUGGCCCGGACGUCCACUACAUGGAGCUGUUCCAGUCGGCCGACAUCUGGCUCAUGAGGAAUGACUUCACCUUCGAGUGGCCGCGACCCACCAUGCCCAACAUCGUCUACAUGUCGGGAUUCCAGUGCAAACCCGCCAAGCCCUUGCCCAAAGAACUGGAGGAUUUCGUUCAGAGUUCCGGUGAACACGGAGUCAUCGUGAUGACGCUGGGGACCCUGGUGGAAAAACUUCCUGAGGACAUAACAGAGGACAUCGCUGCUGCCUUCGCACAGCUUCCCCAGAAGGUGAUCUGGAGGCACAAAGGCAAAAGACCGUCCACGCUGGGAAACAACACCUUAAUGAUGGAAUGGUUGCCCCAGAACGACCUCCUGGGUCACCCCAAAACCAGGGUGUUCGUGGCCCACGGAGGCGCCAAUGGCAUGCAGGAGGCCAUCUACCAUGGCGUCCCCGUGGUCGGACUGCCGCUCAUGUUCGACCAACCCUACAACGUCUUCAGGAUGAAAGCCAGAGGCGUGGCCAAAGCCCUGGACUUGGCGACGGUGAAUAAAGACAACUUCCUGGAGGCGCUGAAGGAGGUCCUGUACCAACCGUCCUACAGGGAGAAGAUGAAGGUUCUGUCCAGCCUGCACCGAGAUCAGCCCAUGAAGCCGCUGGACCGGGCCAUGUUCUGGAUCGAGUUCGUCAUGAGGCACAAAGGAGCGGCCCACCUAAGGACAGAGUCUUACAAGAUGUCCACGAUCCAGUACCACUCCAUCGAUGUGGCGGCGUUCCUGCUGGCAGUUGUUUUGUUCAUAUUUGCUGUUUUAAUUGCUGCAGUCAAGUUUGUCUGGCGAAGGCUAUUUGGCCAAAACAAACGCAAAAAGGAAUGAUAAAUAUAAUGUGUUUGCGUAUUGUGAAUGUAAAUUGUUGCACAAAUAUCUGACAUUUUCUAAUGAUUGCAUCUAAACAGGUUAGGUUAAUCAGCUCAAUCUCAAGUCUGUGAAUGUGAAAAUACAAUCUUGUUUAAAGUGUGACGUUCAGUGAACAAAUCAGGAAGCUUGAUUGAAUCAUUUUUUAGCAGUGCUCUUCCUAUCGCCAUAAACUAAAAA